AUGUCUUACAACUUCAGCUCUGGAAAUUUCUCUCCCCGAUCUCUUGGAGGCUUCCUGAAACCUUCAGUUUCUACCUAUCAUUCCGUCUACCCUAGCAAUGUAAUCAUCCCUCCCAAGACCUACCAGCUGGGCUCCUCUAUUUAUGGUGGACAACUAGAAAGCUUUUGUGAGCCCAUCAAUAGGCAGACAUCCUUCACUGGGACCAGAUCCUUCGAAACACCUUUUUGCCACCCAAAUAAUUUCAUCUCCAGUCCUCACCAGACAAACUUCAUUGGAUCUCUUGGAUACGGCAACAUUGUCUUUGGGUCUUCUGGUCAACAAGGCACUGGCUUUCAGUCUCUGGGAUACAGAUCCAGCUUCUACCACCCAACUUACUUUUCUACCAGAAGUUUCCAGUGA